UGUCCAAAUGGGCCUUGAUGAAAUGCGUCACUACACAGUAAAAAAUGGAGUGUCAUUAUUGCAGAGUAAACCUAUUUUCCUCUGGAUAGAGUAGUUAUAACAAUGUACAGAGUAAAAUCGUCUAAAUAGUAGUGUCAAAAGUGAGAGUUAAGUCCAACAUGCACACAAUGACCAAAUCUACUCUACAUGGUGAUGAUUCCCCGCGGAAAAUCCUAGAACUGAACUGGAGCUCAAGCUGGCAGUGGCACGUUGGAGAUCGUCUCUUUCCCCACUAGCAGACCUAUCGUGAAAAUGCUGCUGCGUGUCUCGUUUGGCGGAGUGCAGAUGUACAUCAAGCUGCCUGAACUAACAUUCGGUGAUUUCUUGAGAGAAGUGAGUCUAAAAUUUAACAUUGCUGAAGACAGACGGUUGGACAUCAAGGUUUAUGACCAGUCUAACACAGAGGUCGACUCUGAGGUUUUUGAGGAGAUCGUACAAGAGUUCCAUGGACCUUUCCUAAUUUCAUUGGCCAAUGAAGCACCUGGUAACCCUCAGUCCACGUCAUCUCCAUGCUCUAUUGCAUCUGAAGACACAGUGAUCCUCAACUUCUCGUUGUGUGACCCAGCUGAGGAGCCAGUUGCAGCCGAAGGAAGUCAACCUAAAAGGCCUUGCCGCAUUAACUAUGAAGCAAAAGCUCUGAUUGAAAAAAUCUUGACGACAAAGCCUGGAGGUGACCGUGUCAUGGAGGAGUACGCGAAAACAAAAUCAAUUACAGAUUCAACCAGAAGACAGCUCAUCAACAUACUUACUGCAGAGAUGAUGGAAACACAUGGGACAUCUCCGCCCCGGAGUGUAAAAGUGAUGUAUGCACAGGGGAUUGUCGCUCUGUUUCCAUACCUUGAAGACCCAUAUUCACAGAAUGGCUAUGAACAUUACUACGAUCCUGAAAGUGGUUCAGGCUACAUUGCAUGGUGGUUGAAGACAAUUCAACGAAAAGCUGCUGAGGAAAGAGGUCCUGCAGUUAGUAAAUCUCCUAAAGUUGGUGGGCCAGGCCAUGGGCGUACUAGACCCUUUACUGCCGACAGAGUCCUGACUGACGAGGAAGUGGAAUGCGCUAUCGCUUUGUUGAGACACACUGCUGAUGAGGAGACCAUCCGUGAAAAGAUGAAAGUCACUUUCGUAUACCGCCACACCAUGGUCAAUGAUGAGAACAAAUCAGCAGAGGUCUUCUCAGUAUUUCCACGGUUCCUAGACACACCAGGACUGAUAGAACAAGAUUUUAGAGUGAUGUUUGGUGAGCAGACUGCCAACAAGUUCCUGGAGAGGUGGCCUACCACUUUCAAAGCAGGAGUCAUUAAGGAAAGCCAUGGACUGGUCCCCUCCACAGACCUUCUUGAUUUAAUGCGCAAUGCUGAGACAUCUACUGAAGUUGAAAAAGACGGGAACAAGCGUGCAGCAGCAUCUUGACAACAUCGCUCAAAGCAGUCAGCCCUACCUCCUUGCUCAGGGACCCACAAAAAGCAGCAUUCACUCUUUCUUCAUUGCCAUCGACAAGCAUGCACUUCCAUGCCAAGCCACCAGCUCGGUUGGAACCCUGGAUGAGCUCUUCAAGGCCCACUAUGUGUUUGGUACAUCUUACAGUCCUGUCUUGAACAACUUUUUCACUUUUCUGCAAACUUCCAUUUACAACAUUGACAUGGGGAAAACUAAGGAAACACCAAGAAUUGCAGAGUUGCGAGCGAGAAUGGUGCGUUAGGCACUCUUGAAAUUAAACAAUGAGGUGCUUUCUUUGCAGCAAUGUCUUUGGUGAAGCAAACAAUCUAGUAAAGCACCUCAAAGUAAUACAUGGACUCUGUACGGGAAGGACUCUUUAUCUUCAAUGUGGCCAAGUGGGAUGCUCACGUUUUUUCAAUAGUUUUUCUGGUCUUAGGAAGCAUCUGAAUAAGUGUCAUGUGAAUAGUGCAUGUGAUGUUAUUGUUGAAACUGAACCACCACAUUGUCAAACUGUUCUUGAUAGUACUAAUGCAAAUCCCGCAGAAGAGACAUAUGAGGCUGAGGUUGAGUCAGAGCCAGCAUUAUCGUCAGAACACCUUGUAAAUAGUUGUGCCUCUGUCAUUUCAGAUCUAAAGGCAGCAGGUGUAGCCCAGUCUGUUGUUAAUUCUUUUGUGACCUCUAUGGAGGAUAUUGUGCAGGAAAUUCAUGAGCAUGCAAAAGAGUCAGUCAUCCAGGGUGUAUUUCGUGAUCAAAGAGACACUGAAACAUGCAAGAAUGUGGAGGGAUGUUUUAACCAAUUAGAGAAUCCAUUCACAGCUCUAAAUUCAGAUUACAAACAAUCAAAAUGUAUUACCAGUAAGUGGGAAACUGUGGAGCCAGUGGAGCUUGUAAUUGGCUCAAGAUUUGACUCAAUUUUGUUGCUUUUCAAGUUGAUGAUCUGCCUUAUCCAAGGCCUUUUGACAUACAAAUGUCAUGUGGAGAGAAUGACACCACUAUGUAUGUUGUCCCAUAUUGUUAUCUCUGAGGAGUUAUCAGGAAAUAAAUGGUGCUACAGUA